CCGCCGCAGUUGCCAGGCCCGUUCUCGGUGCCGCGCUGCUCCCGGUGCUGCCGGGCCCGGCCCCGCCGCCAUGGGCGCUCACCUGGCGCGGCGUUACCUGUGGGACGCGGAAGGAGAGCCCGACCCGCUGAACAUGCCGUCCUUCCCCCCCGACCUGGGCAUGCCGCGCCGCCAGCCCCGCUCCAUGGUGGCCUCGGCGGCACAGCUGGCGCAGGGCCACGUGCCCCUGGAGCAGAGGGACUUCUGUGGCCACCACCUGCUGCGGCUGCUGCGAUGUCACCGCGACAACUUCCCCGUGCCCUGGGGCUGCCACGAGCUGCGCCACGCCUGGGACAACUGCCAGCACGAGGACUACGUGAUGCGCAUGAAGGAGUUCGAGCGCGAGCGGCGCCUGCUGCAGCGCCAGAAACGGCUCCGGCAGCGCCACGGGGACACCGAGUGACACCUGGGGACACCGUGGUGACAAUGACACAAGGCCACCCCCACGCAAUAAACCCGCCGAGUGACA